UUUCUACUUUCUAACAUAUACUUUGCGCACGCUAAAAAAUCAUAAACAAAUCUCCUAACUGAAAUUAAAUUAUUGAUACAAUGAAUAAGCAAAUUCAGAAUGUAUCAACAAUAAUUAUCUGCUCGUUGCUGCUAUUGAUUGAUACUGAAAUUGGAAAUUUUUACCGAUUUGUCGAUGGAGCACAGCGGACGAUUCAAGUUUCCGACGAUCUAGACGACGUCGUUGACGAUGAAGAAGACGAGGCAUGGAGAGAAUGGGGAAGGAAGAAAUCGACUAGCUCCGAUUUCGAUCCGCCGCCGCCGGAUUUUGGUACGAUGAGUCCGUCGGAAAUUCAAGCGGAAAUGAUGAAGCGGCAGCUGGGUCCGGUUUUUGGGUUUGUUAAACUCCGACUUGGAACUCGGCGGACUCAGGAGAAAGUUACUGAAAUAGCGAUGAGAUGGACCAAACUAGCAAGAACUGGAGCAAUUGAGGCAAAGUUCAUGAGUGUUGAUGUGAGCACAAUCAUGUUUACUAUGGAGAAAGGUCAAGACUCUAUAGAGUUGAAAGAGUUUUUGUUGGACCAACCAGAAGCAUAUGAGAUUAAACUAGGGGACCAACUUUUUCGAAGACCAGGAGAUCCUCCUUUUGAAGAAGUAUUUGAGAAGAUUCAGAGGGAGAAAAGCAAAGUCGAUCAUACCAGCUCAAAGAAGAAUAGACAUAAUGAGUUGUAAUCACCAGAAAAGAAAUCUUGACAACUAAUUUUGAUCACUUAUAACAUGUAUUAUCAGGAGGGCAGGUGUAAAUGGCUGGCAUCUUACAUAAUCUUUUUUCGACACACACUUGACACUCUGUGCUUACAAGCUAUGCAUCCAAAUAAUCAGUUAAUUCUUCUGACGUUCGAUAAUUGAACAUCUUGUGUUGGGAAAUAUCUUUGUCAGGAGUAAUGGCGCUUAUAAGGGAAUGAUUUUGUUUAAAGUUUCUCCAUGUCUUUCACCAAUUAUGAUUUAUGAAUGGAGCUAAGGGGCUAUCAAUAGUACCCUUGUAGAAGAGGACAAUUGAUAGCCUCCAUAAUGUCCUAAAAACUGGAUCUGUUGGAUGGUUAUAUGACAUUCCUAAACUGUGUGCUGCUCAUCAUAAAAGUAUUUUAAUUCAAACAUAAUAUAAACCAUCCCACAAACUAGAUUGUGUAUACAUAGGGAUGACCAGAGCAGGCACAAUGCUCAAAUCCAUAAUUCUGUAAGAAACGAU